GGCCUCGUGACACAGACGUUGAGUAAACGCAAAAAGUAGGAGGUGUCAUAUCUCAUAUUGCUAAGUCCUGUAAAGCCAGAAGGAGCUGGAACGAGACAGACAGACGGGCGCAGAGGUCUUUGGAAGACAGAACGUACACGCUCACUCACACGCAGGGACCACAUUCCACAAUCAUGCAAGGCGCUAAGGGAGGCGAGCACAUGUCUGGGGACCCCUCGGAACUGGAAUGGGCCAUCGAGACGCUGGUGAAGAAUUACGAGAAGUAUUCCAGAAGUGGCGGCUGCUGCUGCCGCAAGAGACCGCGUGGGAUCAGCAAAAAGCAUUUCCGCAAGAUGUUGAGCCACCAACUCAACCACAUGUUGACGGACACCAAGAACAAGCAGGCCGCUGACAAACUGAUCUGUGACCUGGACGAGAACCGAGACGGACAGAUCAGUUUCGACGAGUACUGGAACCUGAUUGGUGGCAUCGCCAGUCCGAUCUCGUGCCUGAUCCGACAGCAGGAGGAGAGCGUGAAGUUCACCAAGUAGAGAGCCCGCAGCAGAAAGGACAACAACAUAAGUCAACCAGCGAAGACGCUUCCCCCCACCCCCAUAUCCCUCACUGGACUCCAACUCCUUGCCUUAACCUUGCCACUGUUACAGCUCUCCCUGCUGGCGGGGCUGCACAUGACACCUCCCGUCGGCAUAUUGGCGUGAAGUCGAAAUUCGGAGAGGGUGGGGGGAAUGGGGGCCUGCCUAUGGAAAUUGUCCAUCUAUCCAUCUGUUCCCAUUCGACGGUUGCACUGUACACUGUACUGGGGCGUCAAAGGGGGUAUUGUCAAUGUAUUAUGGGGUGCAGCAGCUGUCAGAUUGUGAAUAGCAUUGCAAUAAAGUCUGGAACUGCGUCAGAGUC